UUUUGUUUAGGUUUAGCGGGUUUAGUGAGUUUUCCUUGAGAAAUUUCGAAAUAUUUUUUGCAAUAGUUAUUGCCUUAAAAAAUAACAAAGAUGGGAGGCAAUUCAAGAAAGUUUAAGAAAGCUGAAAAGAAUAAAAUAAAACUAAAAGGUGCUAAACUACCGAAGGGAACCAACAUAACAAAGACUAAUUUCAAAGUGCGAAAGAUUGUGCUGCCGGAUCAAAUCAAGCAACGAAAUCUGACGGAUGCGGCCGUACUAUCCAAUCGAAGCCUAACUGUGAAGGAUUGUCUGGCGAAACUAAGUCACACCAACCAAACAGCCAAAUGUGAUGGACUGCGAGGACUACGAGAAAUACUUUUUAAACUCCCGACCGAAAUUACUGAGAAGCAUCUCAGCGGCACUGUCAAAGCAGUGGUAGGCAUGGCAGUCGAUUUAAAACGGGAUGUUCGUCGAGAUUGCUAUAAAACGCUGGGUCUGUUGUUCUCAGCGUCUGGUCAAGAACGUGUAGCUCCGUUCUACGAUGUUCUUAUGUCCUUUUUGCGUUGUGCCAUGACACACAUCCAGCCCCGUAUUCAGGAAGAUUCACUACUCCUGCUGGACAUCUAUCUACAAUAUCUUCCUGGAAUGGUGUUACUAAAUCAGGAUAAGAUUUUUCCACAAUUUUUAGACAUGAUUUCUAAGUUAAGAAACGAAUCAAAACCUGAAAGGACCCUGACGUUGACUAUGAACAAGCAAACCACAAGUACCAAAUGGCGAACACGAGUUCUGAUGCGUUUAGUGGGAAUGCUAAAAAUAUUGAUCGAUCAUAAGACAGGUCACUUUGAGGAAAAUGUUCAACAGGAAGAAUCGGUGGCGAUGGAACUCGAUGAAGGAGAUAACCCAUUCGCAUCGAAAUCAUCUGAGAAUUUAUGCCGACCGAUGAAAGUAUACAAUGUGUUUGACUUGAAAUCCUCAGGUCACUAUCCUUUGGUUCGUCACAAUUCGUACGAGCCGUGUCCGUUACCAUCUUUAUUUCAAAAGACGAUUGGCGCUGGUAAGCUUACGCUAACUGACCAGCUCGAUGAUGGUCGGAAGCUUAAGACUUAUGUUCAAAUGUUGAUGCCCCUCCUUUUUGAGUCAUGGCUGGAAGUUCGCCCGGCUACUGACAGGAGUGAAGCGGCCGAACAUGUACUGUCAUCAGAAGCAAGUACAACUCUUGGUUUGCUCUUAGAUAUUGCCAUUCAACUUUGGGAACUAAUCGUCUUCUAUGGUCGUGAAACAAACAAUGCUAGUAUGGAAAGUUGGUUACGAGAGCAGUAUGCCGAGUCUUUCAAUGAUCACCUACUAAAAGGAUUUCCCUACCAUCAAAGCGUUGCAACAUCCAAUAAAAACCGUUUAACAGGUGAUAAAGAACGAAGUGUAACAGAUGAACAAUGCUACCUGCAGAAUUUCAGCAUUUGCUACUACUAUUGCUGCUUGAACGAAAACUUUCGAUCCGACCGAAACAAGAACUACACUAAAAUUGUGAACUACGUAGAAAGAUGUAUUAGCAAUUGGAAGUUUCGUUCGCCGGAAGUCACCAACUAUCUUUUAAAGGUUCUUCGCUUUAUGCUGCUGGAAACUGAUUGCAAAACAGUGAAUCAAAAUACCCGCGAUCUAUUGAAAACUUUGCUGGAGGUUUACAUUCAAGCCAAAUUACCACAGGCCACGAGAAAUAAUAUUUUGAUACUAUUUUGCGAUAUAAUAGUGCAAAAUGAUCACUUAUGGAGAGAGUACGGGCAAGAUAUUUUCACCCUCUGGCUCCGUAUGUUACCGAACCUGCUUCGGAAGCCAUCGGUGGACAUAACCGUUUUACGGGCACUGCUCUGUUUGGCCAAGCAAAAGAACACCAUCUUCGUUCAAAGUCUAGAGGAAAAUGCCGAAGAUAUAGUUAAUAAUCUGGCACCGAUCAAGGUGAACGGAGAACAGCACUUGAAUGAGGGAAAAAUAAUGAUUGUAAAUCUACUCUAUUGGAUCGAAAAACGUAGCACACUGGAACGUCUCCUGGAUGGCAAUCUGAUUAACCGAAUGGGGCUUGAUGCAGAAACUAGGUCAUACUAUCAAAGUACGCUUCGUGUACGAUUGAAGUGUCUGUCUAACUGAGAA